ACUCUGUAUUCGCUAUUGAAGACGGAGAGCUACAAGUGCAAGUUUUGCUUUAAGAGCUUCGUCAACGAAAGAGCUUUAGGUGGUCACAUGCUAAGUCUUCACAACUUUUGCAUUGAGGAAGAGGCAAGGCCGAGUCAACUCAGUGAUGAUUCUGAGUCCGAUGUUUCUUCUUCUUCUUACUCUCACGAAGUAGAGAGAAAGAGAAGUGGGUUGAGAGAGGAGAAGCAUCCAACCAUGUAUGACGACCAGAGGAAUAUUACUAACCUGACACGGAAACGAUCCAAGCGAACUCGGAAGCUAGACUCGUUCGCUUCAAAGAAGAUGAAAACGAGUCAACUCGGUUACAAGACCGAACCCGAGCCUCCUUACAGCUCAGCUUCUGAUACAACGACGGAGAAAGAUCUCGCCGUUUGUCUCAUGAUGCUCUCAAGAGACAAAUGGAAGAAGAAGAACAAAACUAGUAGUAGUACUAAAGAAGUAGUGGAAGAGAUCGACAACAACUCGAGCAAGAUGAAUCGAGCAACGAGGACGAAAGGGAGAUUCACGUGCGAGACAUGUGGGAAAGUGUUUAAAUCUUAUCAAGCAUUAGGUGGGCAUAGAGCAAGCCACAAGAAGAACAGAGUUUCAAACAAAAUAGAGUACGAUAGUGUAGUUGUUGUUGAAGAGAAGAGGAUCCAUGAAUGUCCGAUUUGUCUAAGAGUGUUUACGUCCGGACAAGCACUUGGUGGUCAUAAGAGAUCACACGGACUAGGAAACUUGUCUGUAAAUCAUCAUCAAGUACGUCGAACAGAGUCAGUGAAACAGAGGAUGCUAGAUCUUAAUUUUCCUGCACCAACCGAGGAAGAUAAAAGGUAGCAGACUUUGCGUGAUUCGGGUCGUCCAAAUUUUCAUAAAGUUUGAAUCUUUUUGAAUUUUUUUUUAAAAACUAUUAUUAUUAUUAUUGUUAUAUAAAAAUGUUUGUUUUAAGUUAACUGCAAGGGAGGCUAGUUUCACAUGUUCUAACGCCGGUUCUUGUUUCGUACUGGCCUCACGUCUUGUUCGCCUGACCAUAUCAAUCGAAGAACAUUCAAAU